AUGGCCGGAUUUUUCCGGAUCCAAAAUCUCGCCGCGACAUCAUUUUUCGUGGUUGUUUCGUUGGCGAUCGCUCAAAAUGACGAGCAGCUGACCCGGACCGAGGAAAAGUUGACGACGGACCGCGAUUUCUACGAUCAGUGGAUGAAAUUGAUCAAUGUUCAGGUUUGGGAACGGGGAAAAUAUUGGAUUUUCGCGAGUUUUCAGAAAGUCAGUGUUAAAUUGAGCUGUUUAGAGCAUUUCGGAGAUAUCGGAGCUCAAAAAAGUCGCUUUUUGGUCACUUUCCAAAAAUUUGAAAAAAAAAAUCUAUUUUUGUCAAUCGUUCAUGUAUUCAUCAUGCGUUUUUAUCGAAGAAAUUGAAGCAAUGAGCUGAUUUUGGGAAUAUUAAAUUACUGUAGAUCUUAUUUACGCAAUGGAUUAGGUCUUACACAGUAGACACUUUAAAUGACGCGCAGAUACUUUUUUCUGUUUUUUUUGUUUAUUCAGCUUGUCCACUUUUGUUUUCAUUUCUAUUCAAAAUCAGAAGUAACCAGAGGUUUUAUGAAUCAAUCUUUUUUUGGGUUUCUCAUCAGAUUUUUCAUUUGGUGAAACAAAAAAUUCUUUUAUUAAAUUUAAGAAGCUUCACAUUGUAGUGAAAAAUUGUUUCUGUUGUUUUUGCACUCUUUCUUUAUUGCCUCAGAAAUCUUUCUUUUUAGAACUUGUACUUUUUAUUUAGAACUUUUAAUAUAUUUUUGUACUGAGCUUCGGAACCUUUCAAUUUCAUUCAAAAUGCUAAAACUUGAUUCAGAUUUAACACAGUGAAAAAACAUAUUGUUUUCCAGGCCGAACAACUUGAAGAGCAAUCCUUGGACUACCCUCUGGACUACGUCAUCAGAGACUUGGCUCAAUGUCCCGAGACGAAAAUCCAACCGGGUCUCGACACGAACGCCGUCCAGCCCCAGGACAUUGCCAUUUACGCCGAGAUGGGCCAACUUUCGUCCUAUUGUCCCAGCAAUCAUACGCUCCUCAGUGCUGGUGAAUUUUGAAAAUUCGAAAAUUUUUUGUAACUUGAAAAAUGGUAUUUUUCUCCAUGUCUGUGUUGAAAGCUGGGUUUGAAAAAGUUAGUUCUUUCUAGUUAUUAAGUUUGAAAAAAAUUUAAUUUAAGAAACCUCGGCAGUUUCGAAAAUUUCAUAAAGAUUGAUAGUAUUUUUGUCUUUAUUUCUCGAAAUUACGGAAUUGUCACCAGGCCGGUUUUAAAAGACUUUCCCCGCCAAAAAUGGUAAAGUUUGAAGAAAAUGUAAAAUUGUGUUCAUAUUUUCUUUUUCUGAUUUUUUUGUUGCAAUUUUCUGCGCUCCGUUCCGAAAGUUCAAAGUUCUUGAAAGGUCUCACCGUGCCGCCUUUCAAUAGCGCCACACCAAUCCGCCUGUUAAUCGUCGGAUGAGCCCAUAAUUUGAACAUAUGGCAGUGCAAAAUGUUUCUGUGUUCGGCCGUUCGUUUUCCUCUCCCCCGAGGGAAAACCAUCUCGAAAUUGCGUUUUCUAAUUCAUUUGAAGAGAAGGGGACACUUCCAAGAACGAGGGCUUCCAAUUUCGGGUCGGAUUUUGUUUGAAUGAUCCCGAGAAAUGAAUGACAAAGAAGAGUAAUUGGUUUUCUGUUUUAAUGCCGAUUUCUGAGCUGGGAGGUCUGAGGUAUUUCAUAAAUUGUCGGAAAAAAACUAAUUUCUGUGUUUUUUUGGGAAAAACAUCAAAAAAUUUAUGAUCCGAUGGCCCUGCGCGCAAGUCGUUUCUGGUCGGUUGCAACCGCUGAGCAGUGAUUGAACGUCAGGCUAUUUCAAGUGUGACCUUUCGACUUUGAAAUUAGUAUAAAUCGAGUUGAAAUUUCAUAAAUUUGAAAUUUUUCUAAAGGAUUUGACAACUUCAAAAUAUUUAAAAUUGAAGGUGUUCAAUUUUUCCUGACAGAGUUUUCUAAAGAAUAUACGUUUUCUCUCAUUUUUUUUUAUUGGAAAGAAUUUUUCGAGUUUUUUGUUUUUUGGGAUGGCUCAUUGCGUAACUCCCGCGGACUCUAAAACGCGCCCGACACGAAACGGCUUGCGCCCGAGGGCAUUGGAAAAAACGCCCAUUAGGCUUACAAACGUGUAAAGCCAUUCCAAGUGCGGCUAGAUGUUUUCAAAACAAGCAACUGAGAAAAAAGAUUUUUUUUGGUGAAUUACCAUUUUUGCUGUCUUUUAUACUCAAAAUAAAAAAUUACGCCUUUUUCGAUUCGAAGCGAGGCAAAAACGUAACACACAUCAAGCCAAUUUCAUGGCAUUUGAGUAAAUAUUUGCCUAAUGUGAAUCUCGACUCCUCACCGAAGUUUUUACCUCUCUCUGAAACCUGAAACCCCAUCGGAAGAGCUGCCAACGCGAAGUUUUGUGAUGGAAAGCCGGUGUUUACAUGGCGUCCGAUUUCGGUACCUCAGUUUACUUACCGUUUUUGCCGGGUUUUGAUUUGAGGGAAAGAAGUAGAGUUUCAAAUGAAUCCAGUAAGAAAGGCUCGGAGUAAAAAAUAAAGGGAGAAGGAUUUUUGAAACUUUAUAGAAAUUCGAUAUUUGAUAAGCUCAGACUUGAAGAACAACUUAAAAAUAUUCUCUCCGAUACUGGGAACAUUUUUAGUGGCCUGUAUAGGGUUUUGAAGUUUGAGUGGCCACUAGAGUAGUCAACUUAGUGGUCACUUAAGGGGUUAAAAAUUAGUGCCCACUGUAGGGGUCUAAAUGCUACUACUAGACCAUUAAAAGUUUUAAUGGCCACUUUAAGGGUCAAUGAAUCAACAUAACUGGUCCAAUCUUUUUGUUUUAAAGUUAUCAGAGUUACUGGGAGGAAUAAUGGAUGAAAAACUACUGAAAUUUCUCAGGAAUCCUCGGCUCCUGCAAGCAACGAUCACACACCAUGAAGCUUCCAUCUCUCCCCAAAAUGCUACAAAUUCGAGGAGCAGAUUUGAAAACGAUCGAUGCCAAUCAUUUGGAGGAUCCUCUGCCUGAUCAGGCAAAGUGGGAAAUCUUCAGGAAAUUCAUAAAUAAUUUUUUCAAUUUCCAGAAGCAUAGCCGAUGAAAUAACCAGAAUACCGGGCUAUGAGGAAAUGUGGAAGAUGAUCGUCAUCACGGCGACUAUUCAGGUGAAUUUCUGUGAUGUAAAACAAACGGAACUCUAGAAAAGGGGUUGAAAUUUGUAGUGAAAAAUUUUUUUUCACGAUUUGAGGGUUUUUAUUUGUCUAGUUUGAAAUCUUAAAUGAAAGAUGUACGAUAAAAAAAUGACUUUUUCUUUUUUUCUAGGGGUACAAAAAAAGUUUAUAAAAUAUGAAAUAAGAUAUUAUCACAGAGGGCUGGCCGAAAAUUUGAAUAAAAAAAUUAAAAAUUUUUUUGUCAGUUGGAUGUCCCUCACUAAAAUUACUUACUUCUAUUCUUUUGAUUUUUCUCUAUUUUUUUGGCAUAUUUUUUUCAGUUAGAAGAUAUUGUUUAUUUUUUUGUAAAUAAUAUAUUCUUCCUAUGGAAUAAUUGUUUUUCCUAUGGUCCACUUCAUACUUUUAGUAGUUCCAGAAAAAAAGUUUUUGAAGAAAAGAGCAGUUUAUCAAAGGUUUUGACAUGAAGAAUCUCCAUUUUUCAUUGUCUUGACUGUGAGGGAUUUUUCGGGAUCUUUCAAAGACAUUUCAGGAAAACCAUAGAGAAUAAUUGAAAUGAAAAGCUGUAUUUUUUUAUGCUCUAUAAUUCGUUCUACCCAAAAAAUAUGCGGGAUUGUAUCGCUUGAAUUUUAAUAAGCUACUUGAAAAUUAGUAGGUUCUGGAAGACUCUGAAAAAAGCCCUCUUACAGGACUGUUUACUAGGAAAAAUCCCCGCCUAUCAAUAUCAUGGAAACCUUGAGAAAAUUCUAUACAAAAAAACUGAACUUGUAGCGAUUUUUUUCUCACCAGCCUCAAAAAAAAGGAAUAAAGUUUUCUUCAUUUUUCAGGACGGCACAGCUUCGGAAACUGGCCAAACGGCGAUAGAAGUUCUGGCGGCGAUCCAAGAACUCGGCCAACUCUUGCCGAAGAAAACUUUUGUCGUCGUCUUGAGAACUUCUGGAAGUGGACUUUGGCGAGAUGCUAGUCACGCUAAUGAGGUCUAACUCGAAGAUUUCUUUGAAACGUGAAAACAUAUCGCUUUAGGCCUGUCGAACCCAGCUUUCCAAGUGGAAGGUGCACAACAAGUUCAACUACAACUCGGUCUGGGACCAGGUCGAGAUCAUCGUCCAGAAGAACUACCUCAGGCCCAACUUUAGCGUCGAGAUUUUGCCCUUGUUCAGAGACGCCGCCCUGAAUAAUCUUCCCAACAUGUGGGUUUUCUUCUUUUUUCGAAAUUUUGAAUCUAAAACAGGUAG